CUAGUCUGCCUACUGUCAAAGCUGUCAAAGUAAACUUUAAAGCUAACCUCAAAUUUCAGUGCAGCGAGAGUGUAAGUUUCACGUCGAUUUACGGCAGAAGAAACUAAUGAAUUUGUAACGAAAGCUUGUAGUUAUAUCUAAAAUGCCCAGGUCUUGUGUUGUGCCGAAGUGCAAAACUGGUUAUAAAAGUUUUAAGGUUAAACGCUCGGUUUUCAAAGCACCGUCGAAUGUUGAAUUGUUUGAUAAAUGGAAGGCGGUGUUGCCGGAGGGAGUUCGUUUAACGGCGACGAAAUUUGUCUGUGAAAGACAUUUCAGAGAAGAAGAUAUCGUUAGAAGAUAUGUUAGAUUCGAUCAGAGUGGUCGAAAAAUUGCAGAUGUUCCCUUCAAGUGUCCUCGAUUGGCGGAUCAGGCUGUUCCGUCGAUAUUUACUCCUGAUGAUGAAAAUGCGCAAUCCUUUUCGUCAGUCACCAAUUGCAAUGAAUUUUCCGACUCGACAGUCAAGGAAAAUGAUUCUCAGUCAUCCAAAGCCAUGGAAACGUCAAUUGUUACUGACAACCUCGAAGAAUUGGAGGAAAAAAAACUGUUGCCAAAAUUUCCACAAACAGAAAUUGAAAAUGUGAAAACAUCACUUUCAUCCUAUUCACAGACUGGAAAGUAUCUAACUGUGUUACUGAAAAAUGAAACGAAAGUUUGUCCAGCCGAAGACUCCGAACUAGUCACUGUCAAUCAUGCUAAAAUAGCGGAAGAACCAAAAGAAUCUGUAAAUUUUUUCACUGCAUUUACUUCAAAAAUCAAUCAAGGUGAAGAUAUUUUGAAAACCAAUGAAAAUUACUUCUCAAUUCCUACAAGUUGGACCGUUAUAAAUCAGCUCUCUCCAAACAAGCAGUGCGUAACAAUCGCCCACACACGAUAUAUGAAAAAAAACGAUGUGCAUCACCCGAUCUUUGAUAAAUAUAUCACAAUCGAUGUUAAUAAUCGAAUACGAUACUUCGUUUCGGGGCGCAUUGCAGAAGCGCAAAAGGCCGGACUCCAAGAAACUUUAUCAGAUAAAAUCGAACUGACCAACAUUUUGAACAAAUUUGGGAACAUCAAUUUGUGUGGAGGUUUAGGAAACGUCGAAACUCAGUAUCUUGAACUGAACAACGAAUUCAGAGAUUAUUUCGGUGAUUUGCACAGCGAUAAUUGUUCUCUGAUAUCAAAGACGAAGCGAUGUUGCAGUUGUAUAAAGCUGCGGAAAAUUGCUUUUCAGAGAAAAUCCAGGUACAAUAAUGAUCAGCCGAUACGACGUAUGCGAAAGGCUAUGAAUCCGAUUGAUCAAAGCUUGUUGCUGGCAUUGCAGAAGAAAUUGAAGCGUCAAAAACUUAAAUUAAAACGAAUCAUGGGCGAAAGAGAAUUGUUGAAGAAUUCGCUGGUCGAAAAGACCCAGGAGUUGACCAAAAUCAGCAAGGAAUCAUUUGACGAAAAGUGUUCAAAACUCAACAUCCCAGCUGCUCAAAGAAUAACACUGAAUGAAAUAAUCGCAGCCGCUUCCGCAACAAAAUCCAAUGGCCGACGUUAUUCGAACGAAUGGAUAAUGCAGUGUCUUUUGUUGAACAUAAAGUCGCCGUCGUUGUACGAGUUCUUAAGGGUGAAUAAUUUUCUGCCGUUACCCUGUUCAAAAACUAUUCGUCGAUAUUUUUCUCUGGCAAACAUGAAAUGUGGCUUGGAUGAAAAUUUGGGCGAGGUACUGAAGUGUAAAUUUGAUAGACUAAAAGAGAAGGGUCUUGAGUUCGACGGUCUGAUUUUGUUGAACGAUCUUGACAUGAAAAAUCCAAUGGAAAUUUCUGCAAAAAGUCCAGCCUAUGUCAGCUUAUCGGAUUUCAGAAAUGACAUCCCAAAAUCUCAAAGUGUCAAUGAUCAAGCGACGCAUGGUGUUGUAUUGAUGUUUCAAUCAUUGACGGACAAACAGACUCAUCCCAUUGCAGUUUUCACCGACAAAGAUCCCCUCCAAGGUGAACAAAUAUCCAAACUAGUUGUCGAAGCAAUCGCGUGCCUAGAAGACUGUGGAGUCACAAUUCAUGGAGUUAUCGGUGACGGUAUGAUGAUGAGUAAGAAAGUUUGGUCUUCGCUGGGUGUCGAAGGCUCGACUAAUGAUAUUAAAUCAUGGUUUACACACCCUAUCGACGAGAGCCGCAGAGUUUUUGUAUUUUCUGACGUAUUGCACUUGAUACGAUGCGUAAGGGAUCGACUGUAUGAUAACAAACGACUGCGCAUAAAUUCUCAUAGUAAUUACAUCGAGUGGAAAUAUAUCCAGGCUUUAUUCAUUCUCGACAGUGAUGAAGCAAAGACUAGAGUUUGUCCUGAAAUCACCCAGAAUCACGUGAAAUUGGAUAACACAUUACAAUUGUGUGACUGUCUUGCAGCACAGGUGUUCACUAAUUCUGUGGCAAACGGGCUCAAAUUUUAUUUGGAUCAAAACUGUGAUUCAUUAAUCGGAUGUGAAGAGACUAUUACAUUCUGCAAACGCAUGAAUGACAUAUUCGAUGCUUUGAAGUUUAACACUUCAACUCAAGGACUUACUCCUGAUUCUGCCAAUCUCGAGGUAUUGGACAAUUGUUUGAAAUGGCUAAAUGCUUGGGAAUUCGCAAAGUUGAACGGCGAAAUAACGGCGGAUGAAUUUUUAAAUACCGAAACAGCGCACGGAUUGCGUAUAAGCUUAACGUCAACUAUCGAGUUAUGCAAAUAUCUGACAGAAAAACUCGAAUUCGAAUGUAAUCUCACAGGCGAAGCAAACUAAAAGACUAGGCAGAGGUUAUGUUUCAUGUGAUUUACUAAAAAUAUUCACAUGUUUCAAACGAAAA